UCGUAAAUUGCUGUCGCUGCAGGCGAGAAUUCCAACUUCGUUCUUCACCUUCUCUUCCUCUAUCCAUCGUUCUUGAAUGCGUUUCCAUCCAUUUAAAUCUGUCUGUCCGUUAGUUUCUUCAAGAAACUAUCCAUUUUUCUAUCUGCUGUGUUGCCUCUGUUUCUGAUGUUGUUGGUAUGCGUUCAAACUGAAUUGAUUAAUGGGGCAUAAGAAGCGGAAUGUUGCUCCCCGCUCUAGACCUUCUGCUCUUGCUACGGUGGUUCCCGCCGAUAAUCUCGACGGUCUGGGCUCCGUCGAAUAUGAAAAGACGCCGAAUCUUGGUCACUCCGAUGACUCCAGGCAAGAGCAGAGCAAGAUCGAAGCUGCUGUUCAAUCGGAUACUUCGUCGUACUCCGCGGUCAAGAUCGAAUGCGAGCGAGCCCUCAUUGCUCUUCGGCGGGGAAACCACACCAAGGCUUUGAGACUGAUGAAGGAGUCCUGCUUCCGCCACGAGAGCUCUGCUCUCCUCCACCGCGUCCAGGGUACUGUCUGUGUUAAGGUGGCAUCCCUGAUUGACGACCCCAAUGCCAAGCAGCGACACCUUAGGAACGCAAUUGAGUCUGCUCGACGUGCGGUUGCGCUCUCUCCCAAUUCAAUUGAGUUCGCCCACUUCUAUGCGAAUCUGCUCUAUGAGGCAGCCAAUGAUAGCAAGGGCUACGAGGAGGUUGUUCAGGAAUGUGAGCGAGCGUUCUUGAUUCAGAACCCUGUCGAUCCUGCCAUAGAGAGCUUGCAGGAUGAGAACCAGCAGAAGCUGUCCACGCCCGAGGCACGAAUCUCUCAUAUGCAGCAGGAACUCCGUUCGCUCAUCCAGAAAGCCAACAUUGCUUCCAUUUCUACGUGGAUGAAGAAUCUCGGAGGUGGGACUGGGGAGGAGAGGUUUCGUUUGAUUCCGAUGAGGAGGCUAUCGGAAGACCCCAUGGAGGUCAGGCUGGCUCAGACUAGGCGGCCCAAUGAAAUCAAGAAGGCGACGAAGACGCCUGAAGAAAGAAGGAAGGAGAUUGAGGUGCGCGUUGCUGCUGCCAGGCUAUUGCAGCAGAAAUCUGGUUCUCCCCAAUCCCCAAAAGACGAAGAGAAAGCUUCGGAGUCAUCUUCUGGGUCACAUCGAGUGGGAGAGCGUCGCAAGUAUGCAAAUGUACGGAAAGUUGCCUCUUCGGUUGACAGAAUGGAUCAGGUUCGAUCUUAUUGGAAUUCUAUGAGUCUUGAUAAGAAGCAAAGCUUGCUUGAAGUAAGUGUUCACGAUCUCAAGGCUCAUUUCAGUUCAUCUAAGGAUGGCUUAGCGACGGAGGUCUUAUCAGAAGCUCUAUCUUUUGCGGAGUCCCAUAAAACAUGGAAGUUUUGGUUGUGCUGCCGUUGCAACGAGAAAUUUACUGAUUGCGGUUCAUACAUGCAGCAUAUUGUGCGGGAGCACAUGGGAAACUUAUCUCCAAAAUUGCAGUCAGUCUUGCCUCAAGAAGUUGAUACUGAUUGGGCAGAGAUGCUUGUUAAUGGUUCAUGGAAACCUGUCGAUGCUUCUGCUGCACUAAGUAUGCUUGAAAAUCAGUUGAGAUGCCAAUCUCCUAAGCUCUUCAAUGAAUCUGAUAUCAGGAACCACAGGGACAAGAAUAAGGAAGAAUUUCUAGUUGAUGAUUGGUGCUCCAAAGAUCCAUCGGAUUCUUCCCCCGAUGAGGGUAAGGUACAACCACUGGAUGAAGAGUUCAAAGCAGGGGAUAUUGGCAAUGAAAAUGCUCUGGAAAACACAAGCCAUGAUUACAUUUCUGAUUUCCAGUCGAGGGAAUAUAGUGGGAACCGGUUAUCAAGGGGAUGUUACCGUGCCCAGAUUUGGCCAUUGUCAGAUGAUUCUGAGCGUGCAAAGCUCCUAGAAAGAAUCCGUGGCAUGCUCCAAUUGCUUCUGAGACAUAAGUGUCUUGCUGUGAGCCAUCUUAACAAGGUAAUUCAAUACACAAUGAAUGAACUUCAGAGUCUUGCUUCAGGUUCACAACUUCUGAACCAUGGUUUGGACCAAACACCAUUGUGCAUAUGCUUCUUAGGGGCCUCCCAGCUUAGAAAAAUCAUCAAAUUCUUGCAGGAGAUUUCUCAUUCAUGUGGUUUAGGCAGAUAUUCUGAGAAGAGCACCUCUACAAAUGAUGCACAUACUGUUUCUCCAGGUUUCAAAAUCAAAGAGAGGAUUGUUUUUACUAAUGAUUCCUCUUGUCUCCUUUUGGAUGAGCGUUUACUACGGGGGACACUUACUCCACUUACCUAUGAUAGUGCUCAUGCGGAUGAUGGUUCUGCAACAAAUUCUGUUCUUGUUGAUCAUGAGAACGGGGUACUGCCUGAGAAUGAUGCUCUGUUGUCCUGGAUGUUUACAGGUCCAUCAAGUGGGGAGCAACUGUCAUCAUGGACACAUCUGAGAGAAGAGAAAACACGUAAAGGAAUGGAAGUUCUCCAGAUGCUCGAGAAGGAAUUCUACCUCCUACAGAGCUUAUGUGAUAGGAAAUGUGAGCAUUUGAGCUAUGAGGAAGCAUUACAGGCAGUUGAGAGCCUCUGUCUUAAUGAACUUAAGAGAAGGGAACAUGUCACAGAACUUGUCACUCAAAGUUAUGAAACAGUCCUGAGGAAGCGGCAAGAAGAACUUGUUGAGAUGGACAAUGAUGUUAUGUUCAUCAGCAGUAGGUUUGAGUUGGAUGCAAUAUCCAAUAUUCUUAAAGAAGCAAAGAGUCUGAAUGCUAAUCAGUUUGGGUAUGAUGAACCUAUGAAUGGUAUGACUUCUCGUUUAUGUGACUUGGACUAUGGUGAAGAUGAUGUUUGGCGAAUGCAGGACUACCUGCAUCAGGCAGACACAUGCAUAGAAGUGACAAUCCAGAAACAGAAAGAUCAGUUAUCUGUGGAGCUCAGUAAAACUGAUGCAAGAAUUAUGCGGAAUGUCAGUGGCAUGCAACAGUUGGAGCUUAAGCUGGGGCCCUUAUUGGCUCAUGACUACCGGGCAAUUAUGUUACCUCUUUUAAAGUCAUUCAUGCGGGCAUACUUAGAGAAUCUGGUUGAUAAAGAUGCUAUGGAAAAGUCUGAUGCUGCAAGAGAAGCAUUUUUAGCUGAACUUGCACUUGAUGCCAAGAAUAGUGCUAGUAGAGGAGGUGAUCAUUUGAAACAGAUACAGGAGAAAUCGAAAGAUAGGAAAAAGAACAAGGAUUACAGAAAAGCAAAGGAUUUAAAGGCUGCUGGUGUUAGUGAGCAGAUUCUCUGUCAGGAAUCUGAGGAACAGACUUACUCUUCAGUUUUAUUGGACAAAAACCAUCUUGAUUCCGUGGCUGUUGGUUCUAUAAGCUGUGAUGUUCUGCAACAACAGGAAGAGGACUUUCGACAUAAGAUAGAGCUUGAAGCCGAGGAAAGAAAGCUAGAAGAAACAUUGGAGUAUCAAAGGCGAAUUGAGAAUGAGGCAAAACAGAAGCACCUUGCAGAGCAACAUAGGGAGGCUAAUGGGAUAACUCUAGAUAAUGUAACAGAGGGAUUAUCAGUUCUAGGCUCAAAGUGCAAUCCUGAUGCUAGAGAUGUGCAUGGGCAGCUGAGAUCUUGUAAGCCAGUGUCUUUGCCUAGCAAUCAUGGCUCUUCAGCUAGCUGGAAUGGGUUAGACUCUGGUGGUUCUUAUUCUCAAAUUAAUGUCCAUAUGGAAGACCAAACUGCUGAAUUGGAUAACUCCACAAAACACUCUAGGCAUGACAUGAAACUGAAUGAACAUGAGAGGAUUUCAAUUAGUUAUCAAGAGGAGCUUCAUGAGCAUUGUACUGAUCAGGAUUCAUUGGCAUCUGGGGUGCUAAUCGAUUUAUCAAGAAUGCCUACAACAAAUACUGAGGGAAAUGUGGUGCCUGGCAAACCUUCAACCAACUCUAGGGACCAAAAGACUAAAAAAACACAUAAUUAUUCUCAUAGCCAAGUUAGUCAAGGCUUACCUGACCUAGGAAUUCAAGGCAAUUGUUCAUUGCCUUCUGAUCAAUGGACAGGGAGGCAAGGUAAACGGCGUAGUAGUUCUACCAAAAUGUUGGGUGGAAAUCAUCGAGGUUUGCCAUUUGGGAAAGAAAAUAAUGAAGUAUUGAGUUUGCAAACUGGGAGCUGCACCAAAACACAAGUCAGGGUUCAGGAUAAUCUUCAUGAUGGAAACAUUGACCCAUGUAUAGGAGACAUCACAACCAAAACAUUGAGACAACUACAUGUGGAUGAGGAUGCCGAGGAAAGGUUCCAGGCUGACCUUCAAAAGGCUGUACGCCAAAGUCUUGACACAUUCCAAGCACAUAAAGGUUCACCACCAGUUCCAAGGCAAAGGGUGCCUCAAAGGACUUCUCCAGAAGCAGGUGAUUAUGGAGCUUCACCUGAUGCAGUCAUGGUUGAGAACAUAAAUGGAAUUGAUGUGUUUGGAACAGGGCUGAAAAAUGAAGUUGGUGAAUACAAUUGCUUUUUAAAUGUAAUUAUACAGUCUUUAUGGCAUUUAAGGCGGUUUAGAUAUGAAUUCUUGAAGAGAUCAGAAUCAGUCCAUGUGCAUGUCGGUGAUCCUUGUGUUGUCUGUGCACUAUAUGAUAUUUUUACUGCCUUGAGCAUGACUUCUACAGAUACACGAAAAGAAGUUGUUGCUCCUACUUGUUUGAGGAUUGCUCUGAGCAACUUGUAUCCCGAUAGCAAUUUCUUCCAAGAGGGACAAAUGAAUGAUGCUUCUGAGGUGUUGGCAGUAAUCUUUGACUGCCUUCAUCAGUCAUUUACUUCUGGUUCAGGUGUUCAUGAUGCUGAAUCAGAGGAAAGCAAUUGCUUGGGCUCUUGGGAUUGUGUAAACAAUGCUUGUAUAGUGCAUACACUUUUUGGGAUGGACAUUUUUGAACGAAUGAACUGCUACAGCUGCGGUGUGGAGUCCAGACAGUUAAAGUACACAUCCUUUUUUCACAACAUCAAUGCCAGUGCACUUCGAACAAUGAAGAUUUUGUGUGCAGAUAGCUCUUUUGACGAGCUUCUGAAGUUUGUAGAGAUGAAUCACCAGUUAGCUUGUGACCCAGAGGCAGGUGGCUGUGGUAAACUCAACUAUAUCCAUCAUAUUCUUUCAAGCCCUCCACAUGUUUUUACAACAGUUCUAGGUUGGCAGAAUACCUGUGAAAAUGCAGAUGACAUAUCUGCGACAUUGGCAGCUCUUACCACUGAGUUAGAUAUUGGCAUCUUGUACCGAGGCCUGGAUCCAGGGAACCGACAUUCCCUAGUUUCAGUGGUUUGCUAUUAUGGGCAACAUUAUCACUGUUUUGCCUACAGUCAUGAGCUUGAACGAUGGGUUAUGUAUGAUGACAAAACUGUCAAGGUAAUUGGCAGUUGGCACGAUGUUCUUACCAUGUGUGAAAGAGGGCAUUUACAACCUCAAGUUCUUUUCUUCGAAGCUGUAAAUUAACUUUUACCUGGAGAAUAUGUCAAUACUUGGCCUACAUUCUCUGUCGAUAGUGCUGCAUAGCUACUCAUAGUCGUCCCUGCAAUUGCGGCAGCGAAGCUUAAAUUUUUGUAGCAACCAAAGUUUUGAAGCGAGUUUGAAAGAAUUUGUAGGAGCAGUUGGUCCCCUCGGAGAAACAGUGUACUAAAAGAGAUUUUAUUUCGAAAUGAGC